ACCUGUAGUAGACAUGGCCAUUGGCCAGUGUGACGUAUGUCGUCUAAGAAGCAAUGGGAGUAAGCUGCUUAACUUUUACAGGCUUAUUUAUAUUUUACGGCACCCUUUAUGGAAGGGAAGCACAAUUCCAAGAAUAAUAACUGAAAAGGCACUUUAUGCAACUGCAGUAUGUAACCUGAUCAUUGUUUACCAGCUUUGAAAAUACGGAGUAUGAAUUGUUUAUAAACACGGAAGCAUGGGAUUACGGGUGUUGGAGCUGUUUAGUGGAAUCGGAGGCAUGCAUUAUGCUCUUCGAGGCAAUUGUUCUGGUGAGGUGGUUGCAGCAGUUGACAUCAACACUGUUGCUAAUUUGGUUUACGCAGCUAAUUUUCCACAAACGAAGCUCCUUCAGAAAAAUAUUGAAUCACUAACAGCCGAAGAAAUUAAUAACAUGGGAAUAAAUAUGAUUCUAAUGAGCCCACCAUGCCAACCCUUCACUAGAAAUGGGCUGCAAAAGGAUAUGGCUGACAAUAGAACCUCACCUUUUCUGCAUUUCUUACGGCUGUUACCUGAACUGACUGGAAAUCUGAAAUAUAUUCUUUUAGAAAAUGUCAAAGGUUUUGAGAAAUCCGAAGCCAGAGAUAUGUUUGUUAACAUCCUGCAAGAAGCGAAUUUUAUUUUUCAAGAAUUUCUCUUAAGUCCAUUUCAAUUCCAUAUCCCUAAUUCUCGAACGCGUUAUUACCUUAUUGCAAAACGAAGGCCACUGAAUUUCUCAUUUUCUAUAAAGCCGCUGGUGGAUGAUAUAACACAAAUUUUGGACGGAAAUGACAGUACUUUGUACAAGACGUAUCGUAUAAAUACACAGUAUUGUGAACUUGCUGCACAAGAAGAAAGCCAUGAAAAUAGCAGAGACAAGAGAACUUGUUUCUCUCUUUCUCACAUUCUUGAAAAAGAAAAUGCUGACAAUUUGUCAAGUUUUAAGUUGCCCGAUAACAUACUACUAAAAUAUGCUUGUGCCUUAGACAUUGUUUUCCCAUUGUCUAAACAUUCUUGCUGCUUCACAAAAGCAUAUGGUCAUUAUGUAGUGGGCACUGGGUCAGUCCUGUCAAGUGAAUCUACAGAGUAUGUUCUAAGUGUUGCUGAAAAAAUAAAGUCACGUGAAUGUGAAUCAGAACAGUGUCUGGACCUACUGCAUAGCUUGCAACUACGCUACUUCACACCAUUGGAAAUAGCGAGAUUAAUGUGUUUUCCACCAGAUUUUAGCUUUCCCAUAAUUGUGAACCGGAAACAGAGGUACCGUCUCCUAGGGAACAGCAUAAAUGUUCAUGUUGUAUCAGUUUUAAUAACACUACUUGUUACUGACAUAUGAUAGUAUUUAAUAAGAGCUUUGACUCAAUGAGAAACUUGUAUCGAAAAGAUUUUAUACAGUUAUUUAUUAAAGUAGCCAAAUACUCUUUGUGUAAAAUAAAGUCUCAGCUGAGCAUUA